CGGAUAUAUCAUAUAGCAGUUAUAAAUAAACAGGGCCAUCAAGAAUACAGUUCAAUUAUUCCAGAAUUCCCAUCAACUCUGAAACUCUGCCAGACUACCAAGACUACCUUCUCUCAGUUAGGAUGAUGCUUCCUACAGCUCCCGUUGUCCGCAUGGAUUUGGGUGAUGACUUCAAGUUCGGCCCUACCGUUCUUGACCCCAUUCAGCCAGAGGACCAAGAAAACCUGGUCCCGAUCAAUGGCUUCCCCAGCGUUGACCCCGCGGGUGGUGACAUUGCCAUGUCCCAACUUGGUGUUCUGGCACAUUUUUUCGGAACAUACAGUGGAUUCGGAUUAAAUACAAUUUUCCGUCCCAACGGUACAAAAACUCCUACACCUCUCCCUAUUCAACCCCCACCUACAGAUCUCAAUGACAACAUUCUUCAACUUAAUCUCACAUCUGAAUCCCUGGCUUUCGCCAAAGGACGUCUGGAUGAUGUACCUAACCGUGGUUUGAACGACCAAGCUGAUGUCAUGCUCAAUGGUGUUCCAUACACUCAGACAAUUGCUGAUAUCACUGAGAUUGUAAAGCCACCCAAGCAGCAGCCUGUCAUCCACUUCGAGCCUGGUCUGUGGAUGCACGUUCCCUCCAGUGAGAUGCCUAAUCUUUCAGCUUCUCUGUCUCGUAUGGCUUCUAUUCCUCAUGGAACUUCCAUCAAUGCCCAGACUUUCAUGGCUACCAUCACAGCCAAGGGCGCACCGGUCUUUUCCCCGGUUGACAUCACCCCCACUGUUGUUGGUGGAACUCAGAAGGUCCCCUUCCGAGGCCAGAUCCUUACCAACAAGGACACGUUCCGCCUUCCUCAGGAUCUUUCAAGCUUUGACAAGGCCGGUACCAUCACACAGGCUAUCUUGACUGAUCCCAACACUGUUCUCCGAAACGCCAACAUUGGCAAGAACAUCAUUGAGAACACCACCUUUGAGGUUUCCUCAGAGGCCCAGAACCCCAACCUCGGUGGUGGAACCAGCAACAUUGGUUUCCUCAUUGGCGCAGAUGCCGGUGCCAGCUCUGCUUCUGUCCAGGCUCGAAGCGGAAACGCCAACGCUGUCCGGGUCACUGCUCAGUACUGGCUCUCCCGAGUUCGAACUCAGCUCAAGCUUCCUGUUUGCCGGGGCACAGAUAAGAAGAGCAUUUCUCCCGCUUCUCACGGACCUCGUGAUGCUGUUCCUAAGUUCCUGAUCGACAUCGAUGUUCCAGCUGCGAAGACUGUCAACAUUGAAUACAUCCAGAUUCAGUAUUCACAGACUGUCUUCCUUGACUUCAAUGGUCUCUCUUGGCCUCACGUUACAGUGGGAACUCUGGCGCCGACUAUCCGACACAAGUUGUCUCAGGUUAUUGUAUCUCACUAGAUGGUCUUUUGACCCAAGUAGUCGAGACUGUGAAAAUGGGGAAUGGGUUGGUUACGGCCUGGACUGUCUACAGAUAUUUGGGUGGAUAAGCAGCAAUAGCAUCUUAAGUUCUUAACAAGAACAUUCUCUUAGCUUAAAUAACUUCCUUCGUGUCUGCCUGAUGGGAUUAGAAAAUCCAUAUAACGUACGUGAUAAGCGAGUGUUACAAACAAGCGAGUGUUACACUAUACUGUAUAACCGAAAGUGCUAAGAUUUAGCGUUU